AUGAUUACAGCCACGGCUAUAAAACAGAGCUAUCUGUGUGUAGCCAACGCCAAAAAGAAGCAAAAAAAGAAUGAGAAGGUUCUGUCAGUUAUUUUAACACUUAUAUUAUUGUUUCUCUUUAAGAUGAUGAGGAUCUUCAUGAUCAUCGCUGGUCCGAUCUUCAUCUGCUCGCUGGAGCUAAAUGGAUCUCAAUGGUACCCCAAAAGCCUGAAGUGCGAUGUAUCUGUGGAUGACAACAGGACAGAGGUGCUCGUGGACUGCACUGAACGUGGCCUCACAGAAGUACCGUCGGGAAUCCCCGCCAACACCACCAACCUGACACUGACCAUUAACCACAUACCGCACAUCACGAACGACUCUUUCCACAACCUGCUGAACAUCACCGAGAUCGACCUGCGCUGCAACUGCGUACCCAUCAAGGUGGGACCCAAAGACCGCAUCUGCACCCAUAGCGUAACCAUCGACAACGGGACCUUCUCGAAGCUUAAGAAUCUGAGAUCCCUUUAUCUGGACGGCAACCAGCUCUCUUCCAUUCCUAAAGGUCUUCCGCCCAACCUCGUGCUUCUGAGUCUGGAGGUCAAUAGCAUUUCUUCAAUCGUCAAAGAGAAUCUAACAGAGCUGAGUAAUAUAGAGAAACUUUACCUGGGACAGAACUGUUACUUCAGGAACCCGUGCAAUAUGUCGUAUUACACUGAAGAGGACGUGUUUUUACACCUCGACAGAAUGACACUGCUUUCUCUGAAGUCCAACAAUCUGUCCUAUGUGCCCCACAAGCUGCCCUCCAGCCUUAAAGAGUUGUACUUGUACAAUAACAACAUUCAGAAAAUCACAGAAAAGGAUUUCCACAACCUGACCGAGCUGGAGAUACUUGACUUAAGUGGGAAUUGUCCUCGCUGUUACAACGCUCCGUUCCCGUGCACUCCAUGCCCGGACAACUCUCCGCUCCAGAUACAUAAAAACUCCUUCAGGACCUUGAUUAACCUGAAAACUCUACGUCUUCACAGUAACUCUCUGACCAACAUACCUUCAGAGUGGUUCCAGAAUCUGACAAACCUCGUUGUUCUAGACCUCUCCAGUAAUUUUCUGGCUAAAGAGAUAACCUGCACCUCCUUUCCUGCACUGUUGCCAAAGCUUGUGGAGUUGGACCUUUCGUUUAACUUUGCGCUGCAGAUUUAUCCAGCAUCUCUUAACCUUUCCGCAUCAUUUGAUAAACUCCAAUCUCUGCGCGUUCUGAGAAUCAAAGGGUAUGUGUUUCAAGAGCUCAAGUUUCAAGACAUUCAACCGUUGAGCAGCUUGAAGAGCCUGGAGUUUGUUGAUCUCGGCACAAACUUUAUAAAGAUAGCACAUCUCAGCAUCCUCAAGAACCUAAAGAACUUCAAAAUCAUCAACUUGUCAGACAACAAAAUCUCUUUACCUUCAGAAGGAGGAUAUGCCGCUUCCAACACCUUCAAAGAAAGCUGGUUUAGUUCCCCAAUGUCUCAAGGUGCACAGUUCCACAACGGAGACGUGAAGGACAUGCAUUAUUUUCUUUACGAUGAGUUCGCACGCAGCUGCAAAUACAAAGACAAGGAACUCUGGACCACGAGUCCGUUUGAUAGCGAAUGCAGUCGAUUCGGAAAAACUUUGGAUAUCAGUAGGAAUAACAUAUUUUUUCUCCAUCCAAGGUUCCUGAAUCUCGGUGAGCUCAAGUGUCUGAAUUUAUCAGGUAAUGCCAUGAGUCAGAGUCUGAAUGGCUCGGAGUUCGUUCAGUUGAAGAACUUGCAAUAUCUGGACUUCUCCGACAAUCGUCUGGACCUGAUGUUCUCAUCAGCGUUUCAGGAACUAACCAAUCUGGUGGUUCUGGACAUCAGUCGUAACAGUCACUUCUUCGUGGCCGAGGGUUUGACUCACAUGCUGAACUUCACCAAGAACCUGGGCAAACUGAGCAAACUGAUCAUGAACGACAACAUGAUAUCCACGUCGACAAACACAGAAAUGGAAAGCUUCACUCUGGAACAUCUAGAGUUUAAAGGGAAUCGUCUUGACAUGUUGUGGAGAGACGGAGACACGCGGUUUGUCAACUACUUCAAGAAACUUUUAAUCUUAAAGGUGCUUGAUAUUUCUCACAACAACCUGAACUUCAUCCCGGGGGAAGUUUUUCAAGGCCUCCCAGAGACGCUGACGGAAUUCUACGUCGCUAGCAACCGAAUCAAUUCAUUUAAAUGGGAAGGCCUCGUGUACCUUACAAACCUGAAGGUCUUAGAUCUCAGCGGUAAUCACUUGACCAGUGUUCCGUGUCUGUCCAACUAUACAAAAUCCAUUGAAGUUCUCGUACUACGCAAGAAUAGUCUUUUUCAACUUCCUCCUGAUUUCCUCAAGGACGCUUUUAGCCUCAAGAAACUGGAUUUAGGUUAUAACCGCAUCCAGUUCAUCGAUCAGUCAAGCUUUCCGGAGAACAUCAUAGACCGCCUGGAGACCCUUUACUUGAACAACAACAGGUUUGUUUGCUCCUGCAAUGCCACGUGGUUCGUCCGAUGGAUCAACCGCACGUCGGUCAACAUUCCACGUCUGGCCACAGAUGUCAACUGCGCUUCCCCGAGCGCCCAGCGAGGUCAGAGUGUAAUUUUUUUAAACCUUCAAGCCUGUCAACACAACUCCCUGUCGAUCAUCCUCUAUAUUUUACUGACCUCGGUGAUUCUAAGCGUCCUCACCCUAACCAUAUCAAGUCAUCUCUUCCUCUGGGAUGUUUGGUACAUUUAUCACUUCUGUAUGGCCAAGAUCAAGGGGUACCAGCGACUCUCCUCCAGCAACACCAUGUACGAUGCUUUCGUGGCCUACGACACCACAGACCCGUCAGUUCACGAGUGGGUGAUGCAGGAGCUCCGCGUUCAACUAGAGGAAAUGGGCGAUACGCCCAUGCAUCUCUGUUUGGAGGAGAGAGACUGGAUGCCUGGGUACCCGCUCAUCGAGAAUCUUUCCCAGAGCAUCCAGACGAGUAAACUCACUGUGUUUAUUCUGACCGAACGUUAUAUGAAGGGGGGGAACUUCCGGACGGCGUUUUAUUUGGCCCAUCAGCGGCUCAUGGAUGAGAAGGACGACGUCAUCAUCCUGAUUUUCUUGGAGAGGAUGCCCUGUCAGUCCAAGUACCUAAGACUGAGGAAGAGACUGUAUAAGAAAUCUGUCCUCGAGUGGCCAAGGAAUCCACAAGCGCAGACGUAUUUCUGGUUCAGUCUGAGAAGUGUGAUGUCUUCUGACCGUCAGCAAUAUAACAAACUGUUCCAGGAGUCCCUGUGAUGCCUGUGACACUUGAAAGCUUCUGGUUCUUUCUAUAUUUGAAGUUCUUCUUUCUGUGUAUACAUAUCACAUGUCAUUUAUUUAAAGGGAUAGUCCACCCCAAAAAAAUGUCACUCCUUUCUUCUCAGUAAAAGAUAUGCUGAGAAAUGUCUCAAUGGUAGUAAACGGAGUUCAAUGUUGUCAACCAAAUAUCUUCUUUUGUUUUCUGCAGUAGAUGGAAACUCACUCAUGCAUG